AUGGUUUCCGCCCUGUCGCAGUUAUGGUCCAACGCGACACACAACCUCGUACCUAGGAAGGAAAAGACAAGCUCAGAAAAAUCUCUUCUGACCGCGUUGACCGAGUUGAACGCGAGACAAUGGGCCGAGUUUUGGACUGGUUGGUUAGCAUGGUCCUGCGACGCUAUUGACUUUUUCUCCGUCUCGCUUUCAGUAACGUCUUUGGCCAAACAGUUCAACAAGAAUACGACCGAUAUCACACGUGCGAUAACUUUGACUCUCCUUCUGCGCUCUGUUGGCGCCGUCAUCUUUGGUAUUAUAUCCGAUCGAUACGGGCGCAAAUAUCCUCUCGUCUUCAACUUGCUUCUCGUCUGUGUCCUCGAACUCGGAGCUGGUUUUGUACAAACAUACUCGCAGUUCCUUGGUUUGAGAAGUGUGUUCGGUAUUGGCAUGGGUGGAAUUUGGGGUUUGGCUGCUUCUACCGCUUUGGAGAAUUUGCCUGUCGAAACUCGUGGUCUAGCAAGCGGAGUUUUGCAGCAAGGCUACGCUGUGGGAUAUCUUCUCGCCGCUGUGAUCAAUCUUUAUCUUGUGCCAGAGCAAACUCACGGAUGGAGAGCGUUGUUUUGGUGCGCAGCGGGAAUCAGUGCUUUCGCAGCGUUAGUGAGGCUACUACUCCCUGAGAGUGCAGUCUUCCUCAGAACAAGGGAGGACGCGCGCUUGCGCGAGGAGAAAACAGGCUUGUCACACGGAGGAGCAACUAAAACCAAGAUUUUCCUGAAGGAGACCAAGAAAAUGUUAAAGGCCCAUUGGAUGCUAUGUAUUUACGCAGUGCUAUUGAUGACGGGCUUCAAUUUCCUCUCGCACGGAUCUCAGGACCUUUUCCCUACUUAUAUCCAAACCAGCAAAGGAUUCUCCUCACACGAUGCCACCGUUAUGACCAUCAUUGGUAAUUGCGGUGCUAUUGCCGGUGGAGGAAUCGCUGGCUACGUCUCUCAACAUAUCGGUCGUCGGUUGACCAUCAUCAUAUUUGUCCUCCUUGUCGCAUGUUUUAUACCUUUAUGGAUCAUUCCCUCAUCCUUCAGCGGACUCGCCGCGGGUGCCUUCUGCAUCCAAUUCGGUGUGCAGGGCGCUUGGGGAGUUAUUCCAAUCCAAUUGGCGGAGAUGAGUCCCCCCGCCUUCCGUGCUACAUUCCCGGGUGUAGCUUACCAACUUGGCAACAUGGUCUCCUCUGCUUCGGCCCAAAUUGAAUCAACGGGAGGCGACCAUCUCAAGACCACUAUCGCUGUACCAGUCAGCAGCGAUUAUCCAGAUGGAAGAAAGAUAGUGCCGGAUUAUGCUAAAGUGCAAGGAAUCCUAAUUGGAUGUGUCGCAGCGUUUGUACUCGUGGUGACACUCUUUGGACCAGAGAAACAUGGGAGACAGUUUGAGAAGCAUCGUGCUGCAUUCGAGGAGGGUGGAGGAGACGACGAUGCUGAGAUUGGUGAUGUCGCGCCCACUCCCAGAGACGCUGAAGCUAGUGGUGAAAAAGAUAGCGUGGAUGUGAAAACACACGACCAUCAUGAAAUCGAGAAAGCGUGA